AUGGCCACGUCUCUGCUGGGGGAAGAGCCGCGCUUGGGAUCCACACCCCUGGCCAUGCUGGCCGCCACCUGUAACAAGAUCGGCAGCCCGUCCCCGUCCCCGUCCUCCCUGUCGGACGGCUCCGGCUCCUUCGGGAAGGGGUUCCACCCGUGGAAGCGCUCCUCGUCCCUGUCUUCAUCCUCCGGUAGCUGCACCCUGGGCUCCGGUUCCCUCUCCGGCUUCGGGGUCAGCAGCUCGUCCAGAAACGGCUCUUCGUCCUCCAGUGCAGCGGCUGCGGCGGCGGCGGCUGCGGCGGCCGCGGCGGCAGCUGCCUUGGUGUCGGACUCCUUCAGUUGCGGGGGAUCUCCGGGCUCCAGCGCCUUCUCCCUGACCUCGUCCGGAGGCGGAGGCGGUAACUGCCCGGUGUCAGCCGCCUCGCCUUUUGCUAACGAGUACUCUGUGUUCCCGGUCAGCGGGGGGUCCCAGGAGGCGGCGGCGGCGGCAGCAGCGGCCGCGUCCCAUCACCACCAGCCGGUCUUCCUGUCCAAGGUGCACGCGUCAGUGGACGGACUGCAGAGCAUCUACCCCCGGGUGGGCAUGGCGCACCCCUACGAGUCCUGGUUCAAGCCCUCUCACACCGGGGACGUCAGCGCCGCCGCCGCCGGGAGCGCCUCCAGCUGGUGGGAGGUGGGAGCCGGCUGGAUAGACGUGCAGAGCCCCGGCGCUGGAGCCGCGCUGCACCCGGGCUCCCUGCAGGGCUCCCUGCACUCCCCGCUCGGAGGAUACGGCUCCGACUACACCGCCGCCGGCUUCGGACACUUUACCACGGGGGGCGGCGGAGGAGCCGGGGGCAGUCACCUUCUCAGCACUGCUGGACAGCACCUGAUGGACGGAUUUAAGCCGGUGCUUGGCCCCGGGACCUACCCUGACCCGUCCUCCUCUCCGCUCUCAGCCGGCUCCAUGCUAGCACCCACCGGGCCCCUAGGAGGCUCCCCUCGCUCUUCAGCCCGGCGCUACUCUGGAAGAGCCACCUGUGACUGCCCCAACUGCCAAGAAGCGGAGCGGCUGGGCCCCGCGGGGGCCAGCCUGAGGAGGAAGGGACUGCACAGCUGUCACAUCCCGGGAUGCGGCAAAGUCUACGGCAAAACGUCCCAUCUGAAGGCGCACCUGCGCUGGCACACGGGCGAGCGGCCCUUCGUCUGCAACUGGCUCUUCUGCGGCAAGAGGUUCACCCGCUCUGACGAGCUGCAGCGCCACCUGCGCACCCACACCGGGGAGAAGCGCUUCGCCUGCCCCGUCUGCAACAAGCGCUUCAUGCGCAGCGACCACCUCAGCAAGCACGUGAAGACGCACAGCGCGGGGGGCGGCGCGGGCACCGGCGGAGCGGGCAGCGGGGGCAAGAAGGGCAGCGACACCGACAGCGAGCACAGCCCCUCCGCCAGCCCGCCCUGCCACUCCCCGGAGCUGCUGCACAGCACGGAGAGGAACGGCCUGGAGUGA